CCAAGAUGCUUUAUUUUACCAUGGAGGUCAAGCAGAUUAUGUAUUCUAGCCAGGCUUGUUAGAUUUUCUGGAAAACCAGGCUUGUUUCAUUUUCAGAUGUGACAAGAUAUUUGUAAAUGGACAAAAUGAAUAAGUAUUUACACAUGUGCACAUUGUUCUAAUAUUGAAUAUUUACACAAAAUGGCCACCAGACGUAAAUCGAAAAAACAAAAUGAGGCGACAAAGAUCGAUGAAAAAGAACACGCAGAUCGUAUUGCCGCCGCGGAGGCAAUGUCAUGCUUAUCAUCUAUGGUUCUUUUGCCAUCAAAUUCAGACGAAUUAUUUUCUUUAAGUGUUGGGUCAAACGUAACUGUACCGAAAAGUACACCUGUUGGUACAAAAAACAAUGCUAAGUCAGCAACAAGUAACGCCAACAAAAAGGGAAAAACCAGAACCAGGGCGACCAAAAAUUCCCAGACUCCAUCAAGUAAAAAAGCCCAGACUGAAAAAGACAAAAAUGCAGCAUCAUCAAUAAAACAAAAACAGAAAUCACCAAAAUAUGCUUCCACUUUAGCCGUUUCAAGUAGUAAACAAACCAAGUUACCAGACCAGGUUUUAUCAUUGACAAUUAAUCCAAGAAACCCAAACCAUGAAAUGAAAAAGGUUGAAACCCCAAAAUUACCGAAUAAAGAGCCAAAGAAAGUGGAAGAUCAAGUUGUACAGCAACCAGACUUGCCACCAUCAUAUAUUCAAAUUGAACCGUUAAUUGCACCGCAAUGUAUUAUACAAGUGGAUCACAACAAACCAGGCCAUGGACUUUACAACCUGUCUAGUAAUGACCUGAAUAAAAUAUUAGCUGGGAAAUUGCCAUUCCAAGUAAAAUCUGACGGUGUGGAUGGACAAACCAUAGUUACUAAGGAGAUUGCAUCUAAGCUUGUUAAUCUGGCUAGUACUGAAAGUGUUGAACUUUCUCAGUCAGCAGUUGAUUCAAUAUUAACUCAAAUGGCAUUGAAACAAAAACUUGCAGUGACUACUAAAGAGUCUUCAGAAUCAUCUUUGCCUUUAAAGAAGCGGAGGUUACAAGGUUAUAAAGAAGAAGGUGCACCACCUCCUGCAGAGGAAUUGUCAGUAGAACAAGAUCCUGCUAAGUCGGACGCUUCAGCUGUUCAGAAUGCUUAUGAACCAAAAGAAAGAGUGAACCCAGUAGCUGUAGAUCCAUCUACAAGUCUGAUGUUACUGAAUGAGAUGCAGGUAGCUCUACAACAAGAUGAUGAUGGGGAUUUACCACUACACAUUGCUGUUGUUCAUGAGAAUAUUGUUAUGGUCCAAAAGUUUGUACAUUUGAUGAGUAUAUCUGGUAAAAGUGUUGACAAAUUCAACAAAGCACAACAGACACCGUUGCACAUAGCAGUAGAGCUGAAAUUCAUACAGGCAGUCCAUACAUUGUUGCUAGCUGGUGCUAAUCCUAAUCUGGUAAAUAAGAAUGGAGAAACCUGCAUCCACAUAGCUGUCAAGUCAAACUCUGUUGACUGUCUUCAUCUCAUCUUUAAAUAUACAAUGAAACCAGACCUCAAUGCAAGAAACUUUGAUGGUCUGGCUCCAAUUCACAUAGCUGUAAUGAAGAACAAUAUGGAGAUUGUCCGGUUUCUCCUGGCCGAGAGAGCUGAUGUUAAUAUUCAGGAUGGUAAAAGUGGAAGAACUCCAUUAUUUUAUUCAGUUGAAGGUAACCUUAUACCCAUGGUUGAGUUGUUUCAGAAAGUUGGAGCCAAUUUAGAUCUUCCUAACUAUGCUAGUGUUACUGCUGUUAUGGCUGCACAAGCCAGAGGCUUCCAUGAAAUAGCUUCCAUGCUUCUGAGAUGUAUGGACUCCAAAGCUUAUCUGGAGAUGAAGGAAAGAGAAAAAGGAACACCUGUCAAAAAGGUUCCCAUUCCACGCAUUCCAAGUAAAUCCCAUCUGAUUCAAGGUAUAGACAGUAAACCAAUGUUGGUAGACUUCCAACAGUUAGCAAACUCAGAUUCUAAUGACUCAUCACAAUCUUUCUCAGUCAUGAGAAAACGAGCAAGAAGUACAGAUGGGAAAAAAGAAAAAGACUCUAAUAAACAAGAUACAGAGAGCAAAGGAGAGACAAUGGAAAAAGAAGAAAGGACGAAAACUGAGGAAGAUAUGAAACCUGUCGAAAAUGGCAUUCCCCAGGAAAAUAAACUAGAAGUGGCCACCCCACAACAGCAAAAUCAGGUUCUGAUUCCUAGGGAAUUGUUGGAGAAACUUCAAAGUACUAUGUUAUCUCUACUAACUAUGCAAAAAUUACAACAGGCUGCUGGCAUUGAUCCGAGUUCUCCCACCUCCUUACCAAGUGUAGGGAAUUUACCAGUACAAAAUGCUUUAUUGCAACGUGACUCUUUACAAAGUACAUUACUGCGGAAUGCAAUACAGAACGCUAAUUCACAAGGUCCAAUGGUUCAGAGUUUUGCAUCUCCAAGUGUAUCCAAACAAAACGGUGUACCACAAAAUGUGUCAGUACCCAAUAGUACACCACAAAGUGUAUCCAUUCCGAACAUUACGAAACAAAGUGUAUCAGGGCAGAAUAAUACAACACAGGGUGGUGUACCCUUGCAAAAUGUGACUGGCAUGAAUCUAUCCAGCAUUUUACUCAAUGCUAUAAGUGCUAAUAUUCUAAAUACCCAAAAUAAAACUUUGGAACCAAGUCCUGCUAAAAAUAACAUGAUUGAAAAUGACAAAUCGAAAACUACCAUAGAUACAAAUAAUAGCAUGAUUGAAAAUGACAUGCCUAAAAAAGGUCCACUUGAUUUAAAAGUAGUUAAAAAUGGAGGUACUAAUGAGAGCAAAAAGGAUAGCGCUAAUUCUAAUAAAGGGAAUGAAAAGUCAAAGGAAAAGACUAAAACUAAGCAUGCUGUGUUACAGCAAUUACUGAAUGUAAAAAAUAAUGACGCUGGAAAAGUGACGGAAAAGAAGCAGAAAGUUGUGGACAAUAUAAGAGUUGAAGAACCAAUGGAGGUGUCAGAUUCUAGAAGCAGUACUCCUGAUAAUUCAUUUAAUAGUGCAACAAAAACUGGCAAAGCAGUUGGUCACGCUGCAAUGAACCAGCUUGGGCGAGUGACAAAUGUUUCAUCCUCGUUACAGGCAACUCUACUUCAGAUGCUUCAAGCGAAACAAAAUAAACCAUUAAAUUUAAGCACUGGGAAAGAUAGCAGCAACACCUCAUAGUGAUUUUUCGUCUUUAUUCGAUAUGUAUAAACAGAUUUUUGUGGCAUUCUAAACUUUUUAUUCAAAUUCUUAUUGUUUAUACUCAUUACAAGUUGCCAUUAUAAUCUUUUU